GUGGUUUGACUGAUUUUAUGAGAAGGGGCGUGGUUUCCGCUGGGUCUAAAAGAAGGGGGCGUGGUUUGGGCUGACUUUAGCAGCAGGGGCGUGGCCUCUUUGUAGCGCCGCAUCACUCUGCUUGAAAGCUGGAGCGGAACCUGCCGUGCGCCUCUGCAGCUGCGUGUGUUUGGAGCACCUUAACGGGACUUUAGUCGUGUUUUCGGGUCACGUGAAAGGACAGGUGGAGUGAGAGUUGAGGAUUAACACAAAAAAACACAAAAAGAAAGCUUACAUCUUUACACGCUGGUGGGGAAUUAGGGAAGGUGCCUUUUAAGGUUGGUUCAGAGUCGUUUCGGCGAUGGAGUGGAGAGAGCAGACGGCAGUCGGCUGUGAGGUGGCGUUCAGCGAGGCACAACGAUGGAUGGAGGAAGUGACGAAGAAGAGAUUCGGGAGCAGUAACUUUAGAUCUGCCCUGGAGAACGGAGUCUUGUUGUGCGAUCUGAUCAACAAACUCAAGCCUGGGAUCAUCAAGAGAGUGAACAGACUCUCGACCCCCAUCGCCGGAUUAGACAACGUGAACGUGUUUCUGAAGGCCUGUGAAAAACUCGGACUCAACGACUCGCAGCUCUUCCACCCCGGAGACUUGCAGGACGUGUCCACCCGCGUGACCGUCAGGCAUCAAGAGACAUCCAGGAGAUUGAAAAAUGUUCUGAUCACGAUAUACUGGCUGGGAAGGAAGGCUCAGGCUGACCCGUCCUACAGCGGACCACAGCUCAACUUUAAAGCGUUCGAAGGUCUGCUGGGCGUCGCCUUAUCCAAAGCUCUAGAGGAGGCCUCGGGCUCCAAGUCCAGUGUGAGGGACAGUGGUUUUGCAGAGACCUGGUACCCUGACAGGGAGGUACUGAGCUACAGGAGGGAAGACUCGGUGGAGUCGGUAGACUCUGUGGAGUCACACACUCUGAGUGUGGUGUCGGAUUGUACGUUGAUCGCAGGCAGUGAAGGGUUUGGGAGCGACGCAGAGGCAGAGCACUGCUUUAGGAUGACUGAACCUCUGCCUGCACCUGGUAGAGAGAGACGAAACGUCCCGCCGGCACUGAGGAGGAAAAGAUUUGAGCCACAUGAAGGUGGCAGGGGUCGUAUCGGCCCGCUCCACAGAGUUCCCACGGGACGUUCUCCUUGUGUCGGGAGCAAGUCCAUGAGUGACAUCGCCACCGAGCCCGUAGCUCAGGAGGCUGAAAGCAGCACGCUUUUUCUUCAUCUGAAGAGCCACCGCAGUAAAACUGCGACGGUUUCUCUGCAGCCGGAGCAGACGCGGCUGUAUCAGGCCAGGCUGAGGGAGAGCGAGGCCAAGUGGCAGGAGGACCUGAACAGGUGGAAGACCCGAAGGCAGAGCGUGAACUCGGACCUGCACAAGAAGAAAGAGGAGCGAGAACAACUCGAGCUCAUCACCAGUGCGACUGCGCAAGACGUAGAGGAGCAGAAGCAAAGUCCUUGUAGGAGGAGCCUACAGGGGGAGAAUCCUGACUUGGCCUCUAUGGCUACACACGAGGCCUUCGCUCCUUCUCCACUGACCUCCAGCUGUAGCAGCGUGCCGGUUCCCGUAAGCUCAACUGGACCCGUUCAUGUACGCAGGGACUGUUUUCGUGCUACUGGUACGAUUGACGCGAGUCAUCACACACCUCCUGUAGUGAGCGCAGCGUCUGAUCACCUGCAGAGCUCCUCAUCCACCUCCCUGCCAGCCUCGGAUACAGAUUCCGCUCUGGUGCCCGUCCAGUGCGCCAAGUCUCUAGAGGGUGUGUGUUCAGGUACGCCGCAGAUGUCCGCCUCUCUGCCCAGAGGUUUCCGCAGGUCAGAGGGCACCUCGCGGCUCUCCACAGGCGUCACACCUAGACCCUUCUGCACCAAGACCUCCAGGAGGUCUACUCAGCCCAGAUUCUACCCCACGGACGAUUCCCAUAACGACCGGCGAGAGCGACACCGGCUUCCUGGAUCUUUCCCCCGGCAAGAAACCGAUACUACAUCUGAUUACAAAGAUGGCACUCGCUCUAGUACGCACGCAGCCGUCCAGCAGAGGAAGAAGGAAGAGGAAGAGCGGGGAAAGCGGAUGGACUCGGCUCCUAGCGUUCACUCGUUCAUGUCUGCUAGCGUCCUGAUGCCAGAUAAAACCGUGUCUGCGAGCGAGGAGGACGAGGUGGAUCACCGUGACAUGCGAGUCAGUCUGAAUCAGACGCCCAACAGCGGCACAGACUUCGGCUUUCAGACCCGUUGGGACUCGACUGGCGCUCACAUCAAAUCCGUCCAACCAGGCAGCCCGGCUCAGCUGUGCCACCUGCAAGCGGGCGAUGAGAUUGUGGCUUUGGGUGGACAGCGAGUGGCCGAAAUGAGCUACGAACAGUGGAAGGCCAAUAUGGAUGCCGCGCUGCGAGAGGGCAAGCUGCUGAUGGACAUCCGACGCCUCAGCCUUAACGGUCAUCCAGAUCAGCACACCUCCAGCCUGGCCGUGGAGAACGAGACUAAAGCGCAGGUCAACGGCCAUCCUGUUAACGGUUUGACAUCGAAAGUAACGAAUAGGAGUUUCCGUGACAACGUGGUCCUGACAAAAAACAAAGGAGGCUCCGAGUCGGCCAUAUCGGAUCUGCUGGUUCCCUCCAUCGGCGCGUCGUCAUCCUCACGCUGGUCCUGGAACACGGAGGAAGAAAGGAGGCGGCAGGAGAAAUGGCAGAUGGAGCAGGAGCACCUCCUGCAGGAGAAGUACAGGCGUGAUCAAGAGAGACUAGAAGAAGCAUGGAGACGAGAUCAGCAGGAUGCAGCAUUAGAAGAAAACAGCGGCCCUGAGAAGCAGGAAGUGCCCGCUUUGCCCAGUGGAAACGUCACGCAUUACUCUCCAGCCCCUUUCCUCCGCCGAUCAAAUUCGCCAACUCUUGUAGCACCCGCUCAGCAAGCGCAAGAGGCGGCGCUCGUCCAGAACAAACAGGUCCAAAUAGCGGCCAGUCAUCCGACCAGGGAGGAGUGCGAUUCCUCCUCAAAGACAAGUCAAUGGCCGAGCGAGUCUUACGGAUUUACCAAGCUAUCAGCUUCGUACAGGAAAAAGUCCAAAUCCACUCCCUCACUUGAUGGCAGCCACAAGCAAGACUCUAGAGCUGAAGCGGGCGUUAAGAAGGCCGGUCGCACGUCUCAGGCCGAGCAGGAGCGUCUGCAGAUCCUGGAUGAGAUGAGGAAGAAGACUCCAGUCCUCACUGACAGCAGCUGGAUCCGCCAGCGCAGCACCUCUACCAUCCACAAGGAGCCAGUCAGCGUUGCACCACUGAGAAGACACGAGUCUCUGGACAACAUCCGCGGCAGCAGCUCCUCGUCUCCGCAGUUCUCCAGCUCGUCUCAGCCUCUUUCGGGCCUGAGCGGCAUCGUUCCUUACCGAGCUUACUCGGGCCGCUGCAGCUUGGGCCCCAGUGCUGCCAUUUUCUCCAAGGCUUUAAGGCAGAGCUCCUGGUCUCGGCUCUCCUCCAUCUCUCCUGCGUCUGUUGCUGAGGAGGCGUGUAACCGAGCAGAUCAGCAUGACAGUGCGUCAGCUGCAGGACUGAGCUCAGGAGAGACCCGGAGUCUGGAGCUCAGGUGCGAGUCAGACACGGACAGCUCUUCUGUGACACCUGUUGCAACCGACUCCAAGUGCGUACCGGCAUUCCGAAGUGAUCACGAUACAUCGCUGCAGAUCACGGAGAAGACUUUCCCUGAAGAUGAUUCGGACACGGCAACCGCAAGCUCGGCAUAAUUUCAGACAGGAAUAAGCUUCCACUUAACCUUCCAUUUGCGUCAUAGAAUUAAUAUUAACAUGCGUAAUUGUUCAGGUUGUCCGAUAUAUAUAGUUUCUGAAUGUGGGUUUUUUUUUUUUUUUGGGGUUAAUUUUUUAAUUUGUCCUUUAAUAAUGUUAGAUUGCUGAACUAAAUAAACACAGCAGUAGUAGACCUUGUCCUGCUAAUCUGGACUGCAAGCUGAAACAAGGUGACGACUUUUUUUUUUCUUUAAAUUAGACAGCCCUUCUUGUAUCCUGAGUUCUCUGCAUUACAGCUUGCAUCAGUACAGGCUUUUUUUUUCACACAGAUUUAAUAUAUGAUGUAUGUGUAUAUUCCAUAGAUAAUUAGCACAUGUCAGCACUUUUUUUGUUCUUGGUCUUGUAAUGCACUUUUUUUCCCUUUUUUCUUUUUUUUUUUUUUUUUUUUUUUGGAAGCAAGUCUGUUUUUAUGGAGAAAUCGCACUGAUCAUUCCUAAUUUCUGUAAAUAAAAGUAUCUACUAUGCAUUUUAUUUAAACGUUUUUUUUCCCUUGUGUCAGUGUGUCAGUCAGCCGCUAGAUGGUGCUGUGGGUGUCCAUGUUUCUCUACUAAGCGGUACUGAAUACCAGGGUUGCCAGGUCUAUAAAAUAUGUCCCACACAACAAAAUCCACCAUUGGAUCUUUAAAUCAACGUCAUCUCUCCCUCAAGAGGCAGUAAUUAUAUCUCUGAGAUAUAAAACCUCUCAUUGCUUCUGGAUUUUAAAAUAUUCUACAUUACCUGGGUGUUUUGUCAACUUUAUUUCUUCAUCCAGAAUUGCAUCAAUAAAAAGUGACGUCUACUACAGCGGUUAACAAAGGCAGGGAGGCAUGGAGUCAUGUCCCAGUUGAAAGUUUGCAUAGAAUUUGGGGAUCCGUAUUACAAGGGAAAGGCAGCCAGUUGUGUUCCUGUAAUUAUUCUGUUUUCCCAAACUAUACAUUACGCAUUGAUUCGGUGCUUGUUGGUGUAUAACUGUAUUUUUAGCAUUCCUUACAGGUACAUUCACAGAGAUCAGUGUGCUGUCUUCUAAUUCACUGAUGCAUGAGACAUUGAGGCAUCAAGGCAGCUGCCUUCAGUUUUGGACUCGACCCCGUGAGUGAGUGAGUGGAUUCUAGAGAUCGUGUGUAGGAAUUGAAAUCUCCUAAAAUGGUGUGUUCAAACUGCUCAAAUGGAGCAGUGAGUUAUACGGUAGAGUUCUGUACUAAGAAUGUUCCUUCCUCUUCUUGACUUGAGACUGAAUGGCGAAUUCUUGUCUUGAGAAUUCUAGAGUUUUUCCUAAUCUUGGUGGGUUUAAAUGGAACAGUGUGUUCUAGAAUUCUUGCAUGAGAUUUCUAGAACUUUCCCUUCUGUCCGUGUUCAUAUGGAACAGUGAAUUCUGGAAAUUUUGAGUAAGAACCCUAGUAUUUUAUUUAUUUAUUUAUUUAUUUAUUUAUUUAUUUAUUUAUUACAUUUUCUGUGCUACUCAUGCAUUCAAAUGGAGAAGUGAUUUUUUUUUUUUUUUUUUUUUUUUUUUUUUUUUUUUAGAACUCUUGCACUGAAUUCCACCAUAUUGCUGCCUUCAAAGGGAACAGUGCAGUCGUGACCACACAAUGAGCUCACCAAUCACAGUUCUGACACUGUCUCUAGGCAACUGAGAAAUAAGCAUGCUUAAACUAGCUAAAGACUGAAGGUGUGUCUGAAAUGGAAGGCAGCCGACUCGAUGCCUUAUUGUCUUAAAUCAGUGCUUCUAUAUCGAUUCUGCGUGUACCUGUUGGGAAAUGGCAUGAGACAUAGCUUCCACUAAUGGUCACGAACCCUAAGACCAUUAGGUUAGAUUAAGUGAAUUAGCUUUGGGGGAAACCAUUUCUAGCUAGAAAUCCGAGGUCAAGAACUGUUACGGAUAACUUAUCCAGUGAAAUGGUGGAUUCUGGCACCAUUGCUUUACAGACAGGCUGACCCACGAAGUUAUGGGAAAGUGUCGGAUGGUAUGAAAUGUAUGCUACCUUCCAAAACUGAUCGGCUGAAGGAAGGCAGCGUUUCUUUGGGAACGUUCAGUUUGGACAUGACUUUCUUGUGUCAGCCUUAAAAGGCAGCGUCUUUCAACAUGAUUCGAACCACGUUUCGGCACGUAGACACCAGAAAUGAGACGAAAGCGUGGGAAGUAGCAGUGUGUUCCUUUCUAAGUAAAAGGCUUUAAAUGGCUGCAUUAUGUACACUUCGGUCACACAUGCUUACCAUCAACUCCUAACUGAACUUCCAUGGGAUGUGAUGUACUGAGAAGCAGCUUUGCCCUACAACUCAUGAACUCUGAAAAUUUCAGUGUUGUGGCAAAUACCUCAGGAGACUUAUGCCAUGUGGAAUCUGCUCAUAAACACCGUGAGCACAUGACCUCUGUUAAACACAGCAUUGAGCUCUGGUGUGAGUGAAACCAGUUCCAGGCAGAACAUCAAACUGAAGACGUUUGUUAAAGUGACUGAGAAACUAUACGUCGUCUUUUGAUCAGUGACUUCCUGUGGAGCUUUAUCUGACCAUGUCUGCCUUGUGAUAGUGAUUCGGUGCAAUUAAGUGCAAAGUUAUUUUUUUUCCAUUCAUGGACUUAACACAUCUUCUGAAACUAUUUAUGACUUGUUAAAUAAUUUCCUUUUCAUUCCUUCCACUUUUCCUGAUGAGGGCUGCAAUGGCAGCAGGGUGAGAAGGUCAGCCCAGACUUCUCUAUCCCCAGCUCCUCCUGAGGGAUCCCCAGACGUUCCCAGAGACAUAAGCUCUCUGGCGUGUCCUGGGUCUGCCCUGGGGUCUCCAUUGAGUGGGAAGUGCGUGAUACAGAUCUACUGGGAACGACCAGGGGGCGUUCUUCUACACCACGAAAAACAUCUCCUCUUUGACACAGUGAAGAGUAAGAUGACCGUAUGAUUAGCUUCCCCCAUAUCCCCCGCCCCCUUUUUAAUUUCAAGACGUCGAGGGGAAUAAAAGAGAGGCUGGUCUGGGAAUGACUGUUUUUGUUUGGCCUAUUUUCUUUACCCAUUAGAAUAAUUUUCCUAUAGCAGCAUGAUAUCCCCUCUAACCCAUCCCACCACGUGUUCGAUUUCUGGAUUAUUACAGGACCUGCACCUUUAAGAAAUUCUGUAUAGCAAUGACUGGUCUGUCACUAGCGGAAUGACCUUAACCCGCAUCUUUAUUCUGCUGUCUGGUUUCUGUCUUGCAAGUCUUCUCCUAGAUCCUCAGUCUUGCCUUCAGUUCCUCUGCAUAAAAGGCAC